AUGACUUCUAAAAGAGCUGGAGCUAAAAGAGAGGUGUCAGAAAGUCAAAAGGUACGGAGAAAAGAGGACAAGUGGAUGGAAGAGAAUGAGAAGGAGAAAGUUUGCUUCAAAACAGGAUUAGACAUCAUCCAGACAGUACAGAUCAUCAGAGGAUUCUCAAAGAUCCAAAAAAGAGAGCUGGAGAUAGAGCUCGCUGGAUCCUCACUGAUAAUUCACUGGGAGAAAGAUUUCCAAGACUCUGCCACAGAUGUCAAUAUGGACAAUACCUUUGAAUACCAGUCAGCAGGCGUCCCUGUAAGAGACCGCUGGUUAUGUUUGCCUGAUGAGGUGUGGCUGUCCGUCCUGUCUCUGCUGCCUCAUAGGGAUUUAUCCAGAGUGGUGCAGGUCUGCCACCGCCUGCAUGCACUGGCAUCUGAUCAAUCACUGUGGAAAAAUCUAAGGCUUGAAAACUCGGCUUUAACUGACCAGUGGUUGCUGUGUGUGGGCAGACGUUGUCCUCGAAGUUUGUUUCUGUAUAGCUGCAGUGGCCUCUCUGUCUGCUCCAGUGGGCUGCAGAUGUUUUUCUCACUGUGUAGGAAUUCGCUUAAGGAACUCAGGGUCACAAGUUGUACUGGUCCUGGUCUCCAUGGUGAUCAGAUGUUGUCAGUGAUUAGUCAGUGCUGUGAUCACGUGACUAGUGUGGAUGUAAGCUGGAGUGGAGCAACAGACACAGGAGUGAAGGCUCUGACGGAUUACAGAAAAGGCCUAAAAUCUGUUGUCCUGAAUGGCUGUCAUGUCACUGAUGCCCCUCUGAAAGAACUUGUCCUGAAACACAAAGACAGCCUGCGCAGGUUGGAGGUGUUUGGCUGUCAGUUCCUUACUUCAUCCUGGCUACAGACAGUAUAUGAGAUGUGCCCCGGCCUUCAGCAUCUAAACAUCGGACGAGUGCCAAAAAUCACCGUAAACAGCCUUACUGGGUUGACAGCACGGCUCAAAAGCCUCAUUUCACUGAAUCUCACAGGACUACAGGUCACUCAUGCCAUAGUUGAUACUUUGCUCCAGAACUGCGUUGAACUUCAGAGUCUGUCCUUCAGUUCCUGUUCUGGAGUCACUGACCUGACACUGCAUAGCAUCAGCAAAUAUUCACCUUGUAUCAGAGCUGUUGAUGUGAGUGGCUGCAAAGCAGUAACAGAUGCAGGUGUUCAGUCUUUGGCUCUGGGCUGCACAAGACUUCAGCAGCUGGAUCUCAGCUCCACCAGCACCGGAAACAGAGGGGUUUCUCUGCUAGCAAAUUACUGCAACAGACAUCUUCAUACCAUCAAACUCAGUUUCUGCCACAUCACCGUAAAGAAAAUACUGAAGCUUUGCCAACAUUGCAAGAGGCUGAAGGUACUUCAUCUCUAUGGAUGUGCACAUCUACCCACUGAACACGAGAUCAAAGAAGUGAACAGCACCGUUAAUGUUUCCCCUUUGUCCUGACCCUGACAGUUAUAUCUCCACGAAAUAUUUAUUGAACAAAUCAA